AUGUCGUUCUUCCGCAUCUCCCAUAACGUCGCGCGCAUUGCUGCUCGUCGCUUCUCUACAGAGGCACCGAAGCCGAAAGGCAACAGCAACUUGCCUAUAUACGCGCUCGUCGCGUCUGCUACCGGCUUCGGUGCCUACUAUGCUCUCGGAGGCGCGUACUCGGACGACGUACCCAAGGCCUUCAAGAAGGCGCAGGAGAAGAGCCCGCUCGACCCGAAGGAGUUCAAGGACUUUAAGCUGAAGAAGGUCAUCCCUUAUAACGACAACACCUCGACGUUUGUAUUUGAGCUUCCUGACGGCGAAGCUUCCUUGUUGCCCGUCGCGUCAUGCCUGGUCAUAAAGUCGACCGACCCCAACGCCCUGGUCGACGACAAGGGCAAGCCUGUCAUCCGUCCCUAUACACCCGUUUCACCACCUGAUCUCCCUGGCGAAUUGCACUUGCUUAUUAAGAAGUACGAGACGGGCAAAGCCAGCAAGUAUGUCCACGAAGGUCUCAAGCCCGGAGACACCCUCUCCAUCAAGGGCCCAAUUCCCAAGUACCCGUACAAGCAGAACGAGUUUGAGGAAGUCGCGCUCAUCGGUGGUGGCUCUGGCAUUACGCCUCUAUGGCAGGUUGCCUCCCAUGCUCUCUCGGACCCGAAGAACAACACCAAGUUCACCCUCGUCUUCGCAAAUGUUGCGGAGAAGGACAUCCUUAUGCGCGAGCAACUUGACGGUCUCGCGAAGGAGCACCCAGACAAGUUCAAGGUUGUCUACGUCCUCGACAAGGCCGACGGCAACUGGACUGGCCCGACUGGGUACAUCAACUCUCAGCUCGUCAAGCAGUAUGUCCCGCCAGCGGACCUGAAGGAGAAGAUCAAGGUCUUCGUCUGCGGUCCUCCUGGUCAGGUUGCGGCGAUCGCUGGUAAGAAGGACGGUAUGAAGCAGGGUUCCGUUGGAGGUAUUCUCAAGGAGCUCGGCUACACCGAGGACCAGGUUUACAAGUUCUAA